UGUUUUCGUUUUUCCAUACCGAUAGAAAAAGAUCAUUGAUCUCGGUCGCGUUCUCAUCGAAACACAUCGCAGUUUUACUAGGUAUAUCCACAGCAGCAGCUGUAUCCAAGACGAGCAAAACUUUGUCCAACAAUAAAAAUAAUAUGACGUCUGUCUCGUUGGCCGCCGCCGCCGUCGGACUGUGCGUGCUGGCCAUCACUGUUUCCGGUCAACUGGAACAGGAAAACGACAUAUCGAAAACCACGGAAAUCAUGACCGACGUCCUGCUUAAGGCCACGUCUGAUGAUAAUUUCAAUUACGUGGUGUCCCCGUUCGCGAGUUCGGUGAUUUUGGCACUAGCAGCUGAGGGAGCCGACUCGGAAACCAAGAGCCAACUUGUGGCGACCUUGGGUGGUGAGCUACCGGACAAGAAUUCCUACAAAGAAGUGCUCUCGACCAUCAAGGGCUAUUCGUUGGACGGGUUCGCGCAGAACAAAGUAGUGCUGAAAAACUUCUUGUACGUGUACAAAAACUACAGCGUUCACGAAUCGUACGCCCAACUCGCACGGGACUAUUACCUGACAGAUGUGAGGAGCGUCGCGAGACCAGACUUGGAAAUGAAACGAGCCGCAACCAACAACAUCGCCGCCGACGACGACGAAUCCACCGCCGAUUUCAAAGAGCACGCCUUGUUGAUCUUCAACGGUUUGUCAUUGGAAAUGACUUGGCCGAAAAGCACGUGGCACAAGACGUCAAUGUCGUGGAACGGCAAGGUGGUAAAAGCGUUCGGCGCAGCAGGCAAUUUCGCAAUUGCACACAUACCUUCCCUCGAAUGUACAGCGUUGAAAUUGCCCUACAAGAACACCGACUACGCCCUGUUGGUGCUUUUGCCAAAAAAUAAAGACGUCUCGCUGAACGAAGUACUGAAAAAACUUAAGCCAGAAAACGGUAUCGAAAAAUUAACCAAAGCGAUGACGAUAAAGCCCAGUUUCGUGACUAUGCCGUGUUUCCAAAGCAGUAACAUUACACACCUGAAAACGGUUUUGCAACAGGGAACCCAAACGAAUUCCGUGUUCACCGAAUCAGCAGACCUGUCGAAACUGUCGUCGGACAAACUGUAUCUGGACGACGUGGUCCAGCAGGCCAACCUCCGCGUGUGCGUCGACGGCACCUCCUCCUCCGCGCUGACCAGUUCCGCGUUCACGUCGCAGAGGGUCAUCAAGGAGUCGGUGGUCAUGGACCGACCGUUCGCGUACGCUCUGUACAACGUGGCCAACGGGAUCGUGUACGCGGCCGGCAAGCUGGAGCAACCUGUCUGGGAGGAUACCGACGACGACGGCAAUGGUUCCGACAUCGAGACGAUCGACAUUUAGACAGCUACACCAAAGGCGAAUGUGUUCAUUAUGAUAAUAAUUUAUUGGAGUUUGGAUCAUAUUAUGUUGUAGAACUUAAGAACAAUUCAUUACCUAUAAACUAACCUACAAACUUUUUAAAAAAAGCACUAUACUACGCGAAUUAUGCGCAUGCGUAUAAUAUAUAUUUAUAUAAUAAGUAAAUUAAAUAUAAAAAGUAUUCUACGACAUCCGAACUCAAUACUUAUAAAUUACAAUAUAUAAUGAUCGUUGAUCCAUAGAUCGUAGUUCGGUGGGCGGAUACAAUAAUCGUAUUAAGUUAUGAUCGACAGAAAUUUGAUGACAAUUAUAAUAACUUGAAUUUAUUAUGACGGUUGGACAUUUUAAAUAGUAUUAUAUAACUCCUAUACUUUGAUGUCGACGUGACGUUUACAUGAUAUUUAAUAUUUAUAUUUAUUACCUAUUAAAUUAUUAAAAAAAUAUUUAAUUUAUUUCUUCAAGUAUAUAAUAAAUUUUAUUGUAUUAUUUUAAUAUAAAUUAUGUAUAAUAUGAACAAUUGAAUUUGUUAUUAUUUUAUCCCUGCAAAUGAAACUUUACGUAUAUAAUAUAAUGUUUAGUAGGAUUGUAGGAAGACAUGAGAAAUGAAAUAAUCUUUGUUUUAAUCAAUAUUUUUAAUUUCUUUUAUAUACCUAAUAUUAUUUAUAGACGUUUGCGCUACACGUAUACAAUAAUGUAAACUUUUUUAAAAAUAUUUUAUGAGAAUUUUUAAAAGGUACCUAUUUGUUAAAAUCUAAAUAUUUGUAUAUGAGUUCGCAUUAAGAACUUUCAUAAUAUUAUUAUUCACUGUACAGUGACCCUAAAUUGCCUAACUAACGCGCCGUCUUAAAUUAAACCGUGAAACAUAAUUUAUUUAUUUAUGAUUCACGGGCUUAACCCUAUGAACAAAUUAUAAAAUAUAUUUAAGUAAUUUUGUUGUACCUGACUAAAAAAAAAAAGCAUUACUUUUGCAGUGACUAUAAA